AUGCUGUCUGUCUGCCCCAGUGCAAAGUUCCUCCUUUUUUGCUCCCGCGCGUUCCAUUGUUUGGGCCGCGCCCCGCAGCACCGGUUUGCUCGCAACCCGAGGCGACGGAAGAUCCUUUGGCGCGUGUCGUUCGAUGUUGCCGGAGCCGGCUUGCUCUGCGUCGGACGUGUCAGGCAAACGGAGUCGCGCCCUGUUACGUCAUUGCGUCAAGCAUCCAGGAGACGAGGCGAGCCGCCGGCCGCGAUUCGUGGACAUUGCACCGCAAGUGUAAGACUGCAUGCCCGCCCCGGCCAGGGGGGAAAGGGCCGGCACCUCAUGGGCACGGCGGCGGCCAGGGCUGUCUCGGCGGUCCACCACUGCAGUCCCGUCCCAACCGACAGAGUGUUGGCAGCGAAGGCGGCGCGAUACCGGCGACGCCGGAAGCGCGGCAGUUUUGGGCAUCAUCACCCAUGGCGAUGCCUUUGGUGA